GAUAUCACAUCAGUCAGAGCUUAGAUUUUGUUGGGGGUGGUCACUGGUCAAGCAUGACCUAAUAAUUUGAUUGAUGACAUAAUGUUUACUUACUAAAUAUGUCCCUUUAACAUCAUUCAUAAGAAUAUUAAAACACAAAAAAUAUGUCAGAAGAAACAAAAAAAUUGUCACGAUGGUAUUUUGGUGGGCUUUCAUCUGCAGGAGCUGCUUGUGUUACCCAUCCUUUGGAUUUGUUAAAGGUACAUUUACAAACACAACAGGAGGGAAAAUUAUCUGUAGCACAAUUAACAACUUCUAUAAUACGGAAACAAGGAAUUUUAGCUUUGUAUAAUGGAUUAAGUGCUUCUUUACUCCGUCAACUCACAUAUUCUACAAUGAGAUUUGGAGCAUAUGAAGUAGGUAAACAGACAUUUGAGACACCUGGACAUUCAUUAUUAUUUUAUCAAAAAUUAAUAUUGGCUGGAAUUUCUGGUGCAGUUGGUGGUGUCUUAGGAACACCAGGAGAUGUAAUUAAUGUGCGCAUGCAAAAUGAUAUAAAACUACCAUCAGAAUUAAGACGAAAUUAUAAGCAUGCUUUAGAUGGAAUAGUUCGAGUGAUUCAACAGGAAGGCGUAAGUCAUUUGUUUAGUGGAUGUUCCACAGCAACAUUAAGAGCAGCAUUAAUGACGAUUGGGCAAUUAAGCUUUUAUGAUCAAGUUAAAAUUACAUUGUUACAAAGUGGUUAUUUUAAAGAUAACCCUUUAACUCAUGUAUUGUCAAGUGUGUUUGCCGGUGCAGUAGCUACGACUCUUACACAACCUUUGGAUGUUUUAAAAACACGAGCAAUGAAUGCUAAACCUGGAGAGUUUAAGAAUUUAAUGCAUCUAUUUUUGUAUACUGGUAAACUUGGACCACUAGCAUUUUUUAAAGGCUAUGUACCUGCUUUUAUCAGAUUAGCUCCACAAACUAUUCUUACUUUUGUUUUUUUGGAACAAUUAAAAUCGAAUUUUGGAUUCUAUCCUCCUAAUGUUCCAAAAUCAUGAAAUUCAACUAACUCUCUUGAAUGU